AUGCGUAGUGCCUUUACGGAGGUUGCCACUGGAGCUUUUCAGCUUGCUAAGAAAUAUCAUCCUGAUGUGAACAAAAGUAAAGAAGCACAAGAGAAAUUUCAAGAAAUUUCUGAAGCAUACGAGGUAUUAAGUGAUGAUGGUAAACGGCAAGAAUAUGACACGUUUGGGUCAAGUGCAUCGUCUGCCGGAGGACCGGGUAGAAGAGGGGGCGAAUGGCAAUACAAAGGCACCGUAGAUGUUAAUGAAAUAUUUCGUCGUGCGUUUGGCUUCGGUGGUGACGGUGGAUUUAACUGGGAUUCGUUCGCAGAGAAUCAGUUUGGUCAUUCGCAUGCUCAAGAGAUGGUCGUUGAUAUCUCGUUUGAGGAGGCAGUGCGAGGUGCUCAAAAGAACAUAUUUGUGAACGUGGUGGAAGACUGCACACGAUGCAAAGGCUCACAAGUGGAGCCAGGCUAUAAAAAGGUCUCUUGUCCGUAUUGCAAUGGUACAGGGAUGAUCUCUCAGCGGUUACAGGGUGGUUUUUUCUACCAGGCAUCUUGCAAUCGUUGUGGUGGUUCAGGCCAUUAUAACAAAAACCCUUGUCAAGAAUGUGAGGGUCAUGGACAAAGCGUUCAACGAAGGCAGAUUUCAUUCAAUGUUCCUGCAGGUACAAACGAUAAGGAUCGCGUCCGAUUCCAAAUCGGAAAGAAUCAAAUAUACAUGGUGUUCAACGUAGCACCUUCACUGAAGUUCCAUCGUGAUAAAGACGAUAUUCACUGUGAUGUUGAGAUCACCAUAGCUCAAGCUGUUCUUGGAGGCACUGUUAAGGUCCCUGGCGUUAUUGAUGACACCUAUGUUCACAUACCACCUGGAACAUCAAGUCAUACAAAAAUGAGACUUUCCGGAAAGGGUGUUAAACGGCUAAACUCUGCGGGCUAUGGCGACCAAUAUAUCCAUAUAAAGGUCACGGUUCCGAGCCAUUUAAGUGCGGAACAGCGUUCGCUGAUGUUGGCAUGGGCUGGUACAGAAAAACCUAAAAGUGGAACAGUGAAUGGCUUUGAAGAAUAUAGUAAGUUGAGUUAUCUACCUUCAGAAUUAGUCGGGAAAUUUACUCAGAGUGCGAAAUUCGCAGGGCAGUCAAAGCAACGGCAAGGAAUGGAAUCGAAAAGUGAAAGAUCUGAGGAGAAUCAGUCACCUAAGGGCGGCGACUCACUUAAUUCGAGGAGUGCAAAGGAGCGUGGUUCUGAACAGCAAGAUGAAACUAAGGCGAAAAAGCAUUCAGUUUCCUCCUAA